AUGACACUGCCCAGGACUAAAGCUUUGAUGCUGGUCCUGCUCUUGGCGCUGGCGGGAGGGUUGACCCCAGUGGAGGCCGAGUUGGUCGACAUGGUGGUCAUCGAUGCUGGAGGAGGACGGGACGCACUGGAGCUGGGGCUGGAGGCGUCCAUGCAUUCCUCGCUGCUGCAAGGGUUUCACCGAGCGACAGAAGACGUCAGAACACCCGUGUCUCAGCAGAACGCUCCCACGGCCUUCCCAGACUCCUCAGCGGUCGUGGGGCGGAUCUUCAGGAUGGAGGUGCCCAACAAGAUGGAGGGGGUCUACCUCGGGGAUAUUGUCAAGAUCACUGAGAUGGGGAAGGACUCUCUCCCUGACUGGCUGCACUGGGACGCAGAGAGUCGGACGCUGCAGGGUUUACCUCUGGAGGAAGACAAAGGCGUCCAUUACAUCUCUGUGUCCAUCGCUGACGACACUCAGUCCUCGUCUUCAUCAGAGGUCUUCUCCAUCGUGGUGCACCCAGACGACCACAUGGACAUAGACUCGGUUCCGGUUGCUCCCGCUCCAGAAGACGUCCAGCCGUUCUGCUGUAACAACGAGGAUCCUGUGACGAUCCUGACAGUGAUCCUGGACGCAGAUCUGACCAAAAUGAACUCGGCCGAGAGAGUCGCUCUGCUCGGUCGGAUGAAGAAGUUCUCUGGAGUGAAGCUGCAGCACAUGAAGAUCCUCCCAGUGGUCAAUAACAGGCUGUUUGACAUGACUGCAUUCAUGGCUGGUCCUGGGAAUGCCAAGAAGGUUGUGGAAAACGGAGCCCUGUUGUCCUGGAAACUUGGCUGCUCAUUGGACCAAAGCAAUGUCCCGAACAUCGAGACGGUCCAAGGCCCUGCAAAGGAGGGGACCAUGUCGGCUAAACUGGGCUACCCUGUGGUCGGCUGGCACAUCGCCAACAAGAAACCUCAUAUCCCCAAACGUGUGAGGAGGCAGCUAAACAACACGCCGACACCUGUUCUUGCAGUUCUUCCCCCGACAACUGCAGUGGAGCCCCCACCAGUGAGAAUAGUCCCAACUCUCUCCUCACCUUCUAUUGCUGGACCGACUGAAAGUGCUGCCCCCCCUGUACGAGGCCCGGUCCCACUCCCUGGAAAACCCACCAUUAGAUUCCGAGAGACCAUCGCCCACACUCCCACACAGGGCAUUCCUCCUCCAACCAGAGUCGUAGAAACCACCAGUUCAGUUUGGAUCCAGCCCACUUUGACUCGGCCCCCGUUUGUUCAGCCCACUGCUACACCACCACCCACACGCAGACCAACCAGGAAACCCAAAAAGCCCAAAACAACUCUCAUGCCAAAGACCACACCUGCAAAACCAGCAAGCACACAAUCUCCAGGCAUUAUCCCGGAUCCAUUUAAUGAGAAACCCGAACUACGGAACCCAAUAGACCAAGUUAACGCACUGGUUGGUACAUACUUUGAGGUCAAGAUUCCAUCAGAUACAUUCUUUGAUAAUCAAGACGGCACGACAGACAAGUUACGCUUGUCCCUGAGACAGAAUCACAAUGAGGUCGUUGGAGAUGGUUUGUGGAUUCAGUUUAAUACCACCAGUCAACUUCUUUAUGGUAUUCCAGAUGUUAAACACAUUGGAAAACAUGAAUAUUUCAUGCAGGCAACAGACAAGGGUGGUCUGAACGCCAUCGAUGCUUUCGAAGUGCGUGUAAAUCGCUGGCCGACAAACGACAAAAGUCCAGUCAUCUUCACUGCUCGUUUUGAUGGCGAGCCUCAUUCUGUAACCAAUGACAUUCAUAAGAAAAUCCUUUUGGUAAAGAAGCUGGCGAACGCACUGGGAGACCGCAACAGCAGUUCUGUGAGCAUCAGGAACAUUACCAAAGGAUCUAUCAUUAUCGAAUGGACAAACACCAGCCUCCCUCAACACCCGUGCCCCAAGGAGCAGCUCUUAACCAUGAGCCGCACCCUGGCCAGUGCGGAUGGGAGACCCUCUCAGACCUUCCGUUAUGCCAUGGAGCCAGAUUUCAGACCUCUGGAUGUCAGCGCGAAGGGCCGUGCCAGCUGCAAAACUCAUUCCUUCAUUCCCCCAGGAGAGAUCGAUAUCCCUGAGCCACCGGCAGUCACGCCAGCUCUGGGAACAGGCCGCCAAAGCACAGACGAUGUCUACUUACACACAGUCAUCCCUGCGGUGGUGGUGGCGGCCAUCUUGCUCAUUGCAGGAAUCAUCGCUAUGAUCUGCUACAGGAAAAAACGAAAAGGCAAGCUUACCAUCGAGGACCAGGCCACCUUCAUCAAGAAAGGUGUGCCUAUCAUAUUUGCAGAUGAACUGGACGACUCCAAACCUCCUCCCUCUUCAAGUAUGCCUCUCAUCCUGCAAGAAGAAAAGCCCCCACUACCACCCCCAGAAUACCCCAACAUGAGCAACCCAGAGACAACCCCCCUAAACCAAGAACUGCUGGGGGAGUACACAGCCUUGCGGGACGAGGACCCCAACGCACCGCCCUACCAACCCCCUCCUCCUUUCACCACACCUAUGGAAGGAAAGGGUUCCCGUCCCAAGAACAUGACCCCCUACAGAUCCCCACCCCCCUACGUGCCUCCCUAA